ACGUCCCUUACAUUGGUGGUCAGUGGGAAGAACGUCCCUUACAUUGGUGGUCAGUGGGAAGAACGUCCCUUACAUUGGGGGUCAGUGGGAAGAACGUCCCUUACAUUGGUGGUCAGUGGGAAGAACGUCCCUUACAUUGGGGGUCAGUGGGAAGAACGUCCCUUACAUUGGAGGUCAGUGGGAAGAACGUCCCUUACAUUGGUGGUCAGUGGGAAGAAUGUCCACCUUAUAGUAAUGGUCGGUGGGAGGAAGGCCUUACAUUGGUGGCCAGGGAGAAGAAGG